CUGGUUCAUUAAUAUCUAUGCAAGGUUGCGUCCUCCCUUUGUACUGGAACAUCACAGCUUUAACUAUUGGAGUUAGGUGAGCUCUCAUUUCUGGUGAGGAGAGAGAUGCUAAACACUCUAAUUUAAGGUUCUCUGACUCCAGGGGAACCUGUGGUAGGAAAGAACUUCUGGAGAACCCCAGGCCAUAAUCCUGCUUAUGGAGCAAAAAGUGCCAUUAGAGCAGGUUGCUCAGGGCCUUAUUUGAUUGAAUUAAGAAUAUCCCCAGGGAUGGAAAUUCCCCAACAUCCCUGGGCCUGAAAUGAACCUGUUUCUCUUCAUGGACUUUGGCACAGUGUCUAGAGAAGGAAGAUGGGGGUGAGGAAACUGUAGCAAGCUCAGUCUCUGAGUGGUUUUCUGUAUUUGUGAGGUGCAACUUUCCUUCAAGUCUAGGGCACCAAGUGUGAAAAAGACCUGCUAUUCCCUCAGCUGCUCAAGAUGCCAGAGGGCCCAUCCGUGAGGAAGUUCCAGCUGCUGACUUCCCCUUUUGUGGGACAAGUGGUGGUCAAGGUGGGGGGAAGCAGCAGGAAGAUCAAUGUGAAUGACCUGAAUGCGCUGAGGCUCCAGGAGUCCCAGGUUCAUGGGAAGAACUUGUACCUGGCAUUUGUGGCAGCUGGAGAGUCCUUAGGACCAGCUGCAGAAGAGACAGUGCUGCAGGGUGAGGCUGCUACCGGGGCAAGUCCUUCUGCUCAGGGAGGGCAGGGACAGGAUUGUGUUCCACAGACACAUCCUCAGGAGGAGGAGCUGCAGGAACCCCAGCACUCAGGACCUGAAGCCCCAGAAGCAGUAGAGGGUCCAGGCAACUGGCUGCGCUUCCACUUUGGCUUGUUUGGCAGCAUUCGGGCAAACGAGUUCUCAAGGGCAAACAAAGCCAAUAAGAGGGGGGACUGGAAGGACCCUGCACCCAGGCUGGUUCUGUACUUUGAAAGUGGAGGCUUCCUUGUUUUCUACAACUGCCGAAUGCACUGGUGCUCCUCUCCAAGGGCUGAUCCUGCUUCUGACAUCCUGUCUGGGGAGUUCCACCGUGGCCAGGCACUGGAUGCCCUACGCUCGCCCAAUCCCAUAUGCUACACGCUCUUAGACCAAAGAUAUUUUUCAGGGCUGGGGAACAUCAUGAAGAAUGAGGUCUUGUACCUGGCCAAGAUCCAUCCAUUAACACAAGGCACUUUCUUGGAGCUCUUGGAUCUGGAACGUCUGCUUGACUGUGCCAUUCAGUUCAGCUCUGACUGGCUGCAGGACAAGCUGCAUGGGAGAAAGCUGCACCUUCAGAUAUAUCAGAAGGAGCACUGUCCUCUUGGGCAUGCAGUGAUGAAGGAAACUCUUGGACCGUCGGGUUGCUGGAAAAGACUUACAUGGUGGUGUCCUCAAUGCCAGCCUAGAGUGCUAUCAGGCGAUGGGGAUCCUUCCCCAGGCACCGAGUGACCUGCCCUUGUGUUCCUCCUUUCCUGGAGGGUGUCUCUUGGUUAUUGUGGGAAGGUCUUCAUGGUUUCUUUGAGGCUGUUGAGUUUGCUCUUCAAGGACAGAGAGCUGGCAGAGUUGAGUGCUCAGUGAAGGUUACAGGAAUCACUCUGUGCCUCUGGAUGCAAAAAGGAAAGCAGUUGCACGUGUCUGUUGGGUUUUUGUUACAGUGAUACAACAGUGUAAACAGAAAUAUUUUGGUCACCCUGUUUGGACUACAGCGAAUGGAAAGCAUAGGAGGUCAGGCAGGUGAUUCCUGGGGUCUGAAAAGCUCCUACCUCUUGGUCCUGCUAUGGGUGCAAUGGCUUAUGGUGGAGUUGGCAGAAAGGAGCAUAUCCUUCUGCCUGAACAGCUUGAUUGACUCACUACUGGGUAAUCCUGCCUCUGUACCUGUGUGCUGGGCUAUGAUUAGGUGUAAUUAGAUGUGGCUGUUCCCUCUUUCAGCUCUUGCAUGAACAGCUGCCUCCAUCCCAUGGGAAAAAAUAAACCUCAGCAGUGCUUGGUGGAGCUCAUCUCUGCCCCUGCAGAUUUUAGUUCUGUGGCAAACUGCCAAUUCACUUAAAAAUAAA